AUGAGGGCGGGCGGCGGGGCGGCGGCAGCGGCCGCGGGGCUGCUGGGGGCGGCGGCGGCGGCCGCGGCGAAGCUGGCGCUGGGUGCGGGUCCGGGCGGGGAGGCGGCCGGAGGCUGGCUGCCGGUGCUGCUCCGCGUGGCCUGCGCGGGCUUGGCGUUGGCGUGCAAUGCGGUGAUGUGGACGGUCUUUGCCAAAGCCCUGCGACUCUCAUCCUCCUCAGCAGCCGCCUCUGUGACCACAACAGCCUCCAGCUUCAUCUGUUCGGCCAUCCUGGGCAAGCUUCUAUUUGGGGAGACUUGGACACUUCUGUGGUGGCUCGGCCUGGCCGUGACGCUCUGCGGCCUGGUGCUGCUGCACACAGCAUCACCCCAGCCACUGUGGCCCCCGCUGGAGAACAAGGAGGAUUGAUGGCUGCCAGAGAGGCCGUGGUGCCCUACCACCCCUCACUGCUCUGCCUCCUGAUGGCAUUCCCAGUCCCUAUCCAGCUUGGAGCACGCCUGCCAUGGAGCUGCUAACCCCUGCUUGCCUCCUGACUUGCAGUCACACCGGUCACAUCUUUCCUGAUGGUUUGGCAGUGGUGUGGUGGCUGUGACAGCCUCAGGAGGAGCUGCUCCACUCUGAGUCAAUAUUGUGGAAAUGAGGGCCAGAAGCUUAUCAGACGCUCCUCCUCGUCACACUCCGUGGCUGCAGAGCUUUCCCAGUUCAGGGAAGGCUGAAAGUAACCAUGGUGGCUGCAGAAGGUGCUUGUGCAUUGGCACUUUUCCAGAAGAGGACCCAUCCAGAAACAGAACAAGAAUCAGAGGUAGAAACUGAAGGGAAGGCAGCUGAUAUUUCUGCUCAGCUGUUCCUGACUUUGCCUCUUGCAAGGGCCCCAUGCCCACCGCUGCCUGCGAGGCUGUGGAGCCUUUCAUUGAUUGCUUCAGCUUCCCCUGCCAGAAACAUACCCCUUUAACCUUACCAUUUGUAUCUGAUGCCUGUAAUUCCCACUCACGCCUUCCUGACUUCUUACUCACUGUAAGGUUGUGGCUCUUUUGGUUAUUUUUUACAGCUCUGGAUGAUGCUGAUUGCCAUUCCUUCGAUGUAAUCUACCAGAUCACUGGUACCCACACAUCUGCUAGGUUUUGGGUCAGUAAUUUCUCUGUGUUCAGGUGUGUGUGUCAGGAUUCAUCAUUUCUAAGGCAUUGACUUCUUUCCCCUUCCCACACAUCUUGUUUCACUGGGCAGUUGGUUUUAGUGGCAGUCCUCAUGGAGAAAUGUAAUGAUGCUGAUAAAUGUAUGCAUCAUGCUGGUGAUAUCACUUGUUUGCUCUGGGCUUGCCAGGUUGUCUCUGUCUUCUUGUAACCACUGAAAGUGAGUCACAGCUGUGGCAUGUGCAGAGAACCCAGGGACGCAUUUCUGUGAGCCUCCAUAUCAGAACCUGUCGGGUUUUAUCGUGAGCAACACAUCUGCAGGUGGAAAUGCCACUGCAGUUGGCUUUGUGCCUUUUCUUCCUUUGUGUCAGCAAGAUGAGAAGAGUUCCUAGAAGAGGCUGGGAGCUGUUUGCUCCAGGUCCCUUGCUUCAGGAGACCAUCCUAGCUCAUUGUUUCUGGCAGCUGUGUCUCGAGAGGGGAAAAGCCUUUGCCUCUCCUUUUGACAUGCUCAUAAGUCUUCCCCUCCAAAGAGGACAGCUGCAUAUGUGGUUUAAGGGUCUUUGCACAUGAGUCUUUGCACCUGGGGAGCUCUUGGGGCAGCAGGAGGAGUGGAACAUGUCUGUCAACCUGGGAAGCUUGGACUUGACAGUAACCCAGCAUCCCUCAUAGUCCUGCACAGAUGAUGCCCAGGAACUAGGCUUUUCUAAGUAUUUCAAGUCUCCUUAGACCUUUGUACAUGAUGGAGGAAUAAUGAGGGCCACAAGGCUGAUUUAUUUGCCCUUGUGGUUGACUGUCAGCCAGCUGUAAGCCAUGGUUGUCUUGGCACAAACAACAGGAGAAGGACCAGUCUCUCUCCUCUCUGGUUCAUCAAGCUGCUGCCCCUCCUCCUAGCAAACCUUUUGGGUAGUUUUCUAAUAUGGACUAUCUGAAAACUGACAUUUCUUUAUUAGAGUCAUUACUGGAGGUCAGAGUCUAGGAGAUGUUUGCAGAAAAUGUGGGCAAUGUUUUGCUUGGUGGUGCUCACUUUCCAGGCAGAAGAACAUAAACUAGGGCUAUAAAUUGGCUGUCAUAAGUACUUGAAGAUGAGAACAGAGAUGAGCUUUCCUCCAGUUCCUGAGGGAAGAAAAGAUGGCCAAGCAGGCUGUGUUUAUUGACAGAAUCCCUGUUUGGCUUUUUUGGUUGUCAGCCUGGGGCCAAGGCCACAAGGAAGGCUGCAAUCCUAUGGGAAAACACUGCCCUGAUCAGUGGGUCGUGUGUGGUCAUCCAGAAUGCAGCUGCAGGUUGUUCUCAGAAAAGGCUGCUGGCAUCUCCAAAAUAAAACACUCUCCAAAGCUCAA